AAUGCAUUACAACGAUUUAAAUUUACGUUAAAAAACGAUAAAGAUUUUAAUUACGAAAUUGUUAUUAGCGUGUUUUACUUAAGCAACAAGCGGGUACUUUAUAUAAUUAACGAAAGCAUAAAAUUUAAUGCUGCAGCGAUUUUAAAAAACUUAUUGGCAAAAAAAACCUGGGAAAUUUUAAAACGCUGCUGGAUAAAUGUUUAUUUAAAGCUUUUAAACCAAAUUUUUAUUAAAAUUUAUUAUUUCGUUAAAAAAAUCGAACAAACGCACGUUAUAUUACAAAAAGCGUAUUUAAUUAUAAAGGCCGAAUGCUUUAACGUUUUACUGGAAUUAUUGCUUUAA